AUGUCUCAAUCAAUCGGAUCGGCUUUCAAAUCUAUCUGGCAUACUAUGACCAGCUAUGACCGACACUCUUCAUACGACUCCCCCUACCGAACAGGUCGACAUGUGCCCCUGAACCGACAGUCAACCCUCACGUCGGUCGCCACAGCCUCCGAAUCCCGAGCAGACAUCACAUCCCCGUACACGGACGAGAUGGGUCGGCUGUCCACCGCCGUUGACGGGUCAAGCUCGUACAUGGGUGUGGGAUCGCACUCAUCUCCUCUCUCGCCCGGCUCCAAUGGUCCAUACUCACCGGGCCUGCGAUCAUUCAACACAAAGCGCAACAGCUCCAAAGAUGACGGCUUCGAGACGGUCAGCAGUCCAGGCGAGAUCCCGAUGCAAUCUUUCGCCGAUGGCAUGCCCCCGGCACCGCCCAUUUCCCACUCGUGGAAAAGAAUAGAUCACUGGGCUGAGGAGAACUAUCCGGAGCUGUUCGAUCAGCUUUGUGAAGGCUGCACACAUAACGACUUGAACGAAUUAGAACACCAGCUAGACUGCUCGUUGCCCCAAGAUGUUAGAGACUCCUUGAUGAUGCACGAUGGCCAGGAGCGUGGGGGGACCCCCACCGGUAUCAUUUUCAGUUCGAUGUUACUGGAUUGCGAGGAAAUCGUCCAGGAAUGGGACCAGUGGCGCAAGGUGAACCAAGAGUUCCUCCUGGAGACAUCCGUGGUAAAACCUGCCAUCCCGACCAAGGUGCUGGGGGGCAGCAACAACAACCAGGCUUCCUCCUCGAAAUCAGCCCCAGGAUCCCCCGCCGGCUCCCAGACUUCUUCAUGGCGACAGGAUCUUCUGGCGAAGCAGGACUGUGUCCCUCCAGGCGCCGUACAGCGGGCAUACGCUCAUUCGGGCUGGAUCCCCCUAGUUCGUGACUGGGGAGGCAACAACCUCGCUGUGGAUUUAGCACCUGGACCUAUGGGCACAUGGGGCCAGAUCAUCAUGUUCGGACGUGACUACGACAUCAAAUAUGUGGUGGCAAGAUCUUGGUCUGCCUUCAUUGCGCUGGUUGCGGACGAUUUGAACAGCGGCAAAUGGUCUAUCGACGAGGAAACUAACGAGCUCAAGCUGCGGGAGUUUAAGACGACUCGUGUUGAGCCCUCCUACUUCGAAAUUUUGAGAUGGAGAAUGGAUCAAAAGUACGGCCGUGGAGCCAGGGCGUCAGCAAAGCGAAAGUCUAUGGUUGGCAGUGUCGCCUCGCCGACUGGAUCUCCAUACUCAGGCCCCGUUGACGGCCCCGGAGAAGUUCGUGGCAGGUCACUCCAGAGACUAAGCAGUCCUUCGCCCCUGUCAAGCCCCAUCCGUCCAGGAUACGGAAAGUCUAGCCCAUUAGCGAGAGUGAACGAGGAAGGGUCCGGGUCUGCCUCCGGACCAGCUCUUCCUGAGCCGAAGCUCGUCACAAACGGGAUCAAGACCACUAAGCUCGUCGAAGUUGAUACACCCCGUCCAGACGACGAGGUGAAAUCUCUGCCCAAUGGAACCGACACAGGCAAGGGCAAGGAAAAUGCCACCUUGGAGGCUCCAGCCAUGAACGGCAAUCACGCAGAGGGACUUGAGGAUGCGAUGAAGACAAUCGAGAUUUGA